AUGAGACACGAGAAAAAGGACCAUGAGAGGUGCCAGAAUUGUGCAGUCGAAUACCUUUCAUCGGAUCGGAAUCACCAUCAGCGCAAUUGUUCUGGUCAAAGUAACCGGGUACCGACCCAUUCUGCACCGUUUGACAAGGCUGUUUUGGAUGUAGGGAGCGACUCUUCAGCAGAAGACAUCAUAAGGCAAUACCAGCACAGAGCAAUAUCGGCGCUGGAGGAAUUCAAAGCAAUUGUAAAUGACAUUUGCUCUGCUGCAGAAGAAGGUACCCGAGAGAAAGAAGAUUAUGAGGAAUAUCGCCGCAAUGUCCUGCAUGGUGCGACUGUGGGCAAACCGAUCACUGCAGUGGGCAAACCGAUCACUGCGGAACAGUACCUUGGCCAGUAUUCCGAGUCGGCUUACAGCCAUCCCACAGACAACUUUGUCAUCUGCUCAUGGGAAGAGGCUCGAACAAUCCUGGGUCGCGGUCCUUUGAAGCUCCCGCUUCUCAUUCCCAGAGACUUGAACCACUCUGUUGGCGAUAGACUGCGGCUUGAAGAGUACGUGAAGUAUCUGAAGACUCGGCAGCAACUUGACGUUCACAUUUAUCGAAAACCUGCCGCUGAAGGAAGGAUACCGAAGAGGUUAGAUUCCGACAAGGCUGUUGAGCUCUUCCUCAAAGAGUCGAACGGACCCGUGAACCUCCUCGGGUUGGACGGGUACCAGCCGAACCCCGUGCACCCCAGCAUAUCAGGACUUCAUUACUUUAUUGACCUUUCGGCCAUUGACGUGGGCGCAAGCGGAAGUCGUGAGGGGUUGAACAAGACUGCUACGUUCCAACUGUUGGGGAGCCUCGGCGCCAUAUCCACGCCUCACAAUGAUUUGUACGGAGUUUUGACCUCACAAUGA